AUGUUUCAGCAAUAUGAACGCGUACCGAAGCACUAUGUGUUGGAUGCUCAACAAGAGACUGGAUCGAAGACCCCUUCUCUAGCUCUCGUCUCUGCCGGUAGAAAUGAUGGCGAAAUAUGUCACUUUGGCUUCGAAGCAUUGCGUCCGAACGUAUUUCGCACCACAUUCACUACAUCCAAGCAUGUGCUUCCGAUACAUCCCAGUGCAAACCGUCCAGAACCUACCUUCGGGAGCAUCAACCCUGAAGUCAACAUUGAUGCGGAAAGACAUUCGCAGACAAUCAAGAUCGGGGACACCAAGAUCGAUAUUGACUGGUCUAACACGCCAGUUAUAUCCCUUUUCCUGGAUGGCCAAUCGAAACCAAUUCAUCGGGACCUGGACUUUAGGUCGUAUGCCAUUGAUGGCACCGGAGUUUCCCACUAUCUGACCUACAAGACGGAUAGCCUAUAUGUCGGUCUAGGAGAGAAAGCAGCACCGAUGAACUUGAGCGGACGUGGUUUCAGCAUCACGGCAAGCGAUACAUUUGGGUACGAUGCAUAUCGCACAGAUCCAUUGUAUAAGCAUAUCCCUCUGUUGAUUAAAGUCACUCCCGAAGGCUGCGUCGGUAUCUUCUCAACCUCUCAUGCUCGGUCGACAUGGGCUAUUGGCUCCGAACUUGAUGGCAUGUGGGGCCACUUCAAGGUAUAUCGACAGGCCCAUGGCGGGUUGGAAGAAUACAUCAUUGUUGGGAAGACGGUCGCCGAGAUUGUACGAUCCUACGCCGAGCUUGUUGGUUUCCCGUUGCUUGUACCUCGCUACAUGAUGGGAUAUGUCGGCGGCGGAAUGAAAUAUAGCAUGGAAGACUCGCCAAGAGCAUGCGAUUCGAUCCUCAACUUCAUCAAAAAUGCCGAAUUACAUGGGAUGCCGUGUUCUGCUUUCCAAAUGAGUUCCGGAUACACUGUAGCUGAAACGGUGCCUAAGACGAGAAAUGUGUUCACUUGGAACCGGCACCGCUUCCCAGACCCUCGGGAAUUCACACGCGAAUGCCAUAAACAUGGAGUCCGUCUAUUGGCAAAUGUUAAACCGUACGUCUUGGCGAAUCAUCCAGCCUAUACGGAACUAUCGCGGAUCGGAGCUUUCUUCAAGGAUCCAGACACCAAGACUACCGCUGUUACACGACUUUGGAGUGCGGGAGGAGGAGAGAGUGGAGAAGGUAGCCACCUCGACUUCACAUCCAAAGCAGGGUACAAUUGGUGGUAUAACGGAGUCAAGGACCUCAAAAAGGUCGGAAUCGAUGUUAUGUGGAAUGAUAACAAUGAGUACAAUAUUCCCAAUGACAGCUGGGAAUGUGCACUUGAAACCGUUGAUAUACCCCCAGGUGAAACCCGAAAUCAUAUUGGAUUGUGGGGUCGAGCAUUGAAUACUGAGCUCAAUGGUAAGAGUUCUCACGAUGCGACGCUUGAAUCCGAGCCUGGGGUCCGCCCUUUUGUCCUCACCCGUAGCGCAACGGCGGGAACCAUGAGAUAUUGCGCCAGCUCAUGGAGCGGCGAUAAUGUGACGAGCUGGGAAGGGAUGAAGGGAGCUAAUUCGUUGGCUUUGAACGCGGGAUUCUCCUUAAUCCAAUGCUACGGCCAUGAUAUCGGCGGCUUCGAAGGUCCCCAACCAACGCCAGAGCUUCUCGUUCGUUGGAUACAACUUGGCGUUCACUCUCCACGCUUCGCCAUUAAUUGUUAUAAAACCAACCCCGACGAUAAUCUUAUUGGCGAAGUCAUCGAGCCAUGGCAGUAUCCAUCCGUGGAGCCAAUUAUUCGAAACACUAUUAAGCGUAGGUAUGAGUUGGUUCCGUAUACGUAUGCUGGCAUUCUGCGAUCUCAUCGUGAAGCGAUUCCUCCUCAGCGAUGGACUGGCUGGGGUUACGAGUCAGACCCCGAAGUUUGGUCCAAGAAGAUUCUUCAAGGGGAUACACAAUAUUGGUUUGGAGAUUCCCUACUCAUCUCGGGCGUCUAUGAGCCUGGUGUUUCGAGCGCACGUGUCUAUCUUCCGAAGCGUAAUGACGAUGAUCCGGGGUAUUUGAAUCUCUCAGCGCCAUACCAAUAUCUCGAAGCUGGCAAAUGGCACGAAAUCUCUUCAGAAUGGUACACCUCAAUCCCCGUAAUCGCACGUAUUGGCUCUGCAGUCCCUAUCGGAAAGUCGAAGCCGACUACAUGUAUCGCAGAUGAGGACCCAGAGUUCCCUGGUAUGGAAAAAGAUAACUAUCGUGGAGUGGAGAUAUUCCCCCCAGCAAUCGUCCGGUAUCCCCACUGCCCCACCGGGUAUGGGAAUGAGCAUUUGAAAAUAGAGAAUUCGACUGUUCGAACUGAGACGCAAUGGUUCCACUACUCAUGGCUUGAAGAUGAUGGCGUAAGUCUGGCUGAGAAGGCCGAUGCUUGCGAGGUUAGCAUCGCGUAUGGUGUGUCAAGUAACGAGAUUCGCGUUAAGGUGGAGCUUCUGAAGGAGGGUAAAUUUGAGCCCUUAUGGUUGAAAAAUGAUAUUACUGUAGUACUUCCAGUCGGCGAAGAACGCGUUGUCAGGUUAGAAGACGGCGGAGAUACUGAUUUGGAAGACCUUGGACGCGAUGAGAAAGGUCGACAUAUUUGGAAGGUUCGUGUCGAAGUGAAGGUCUACCGCGCCGUCAUCGCUAUGGAUGAGUUCGCGCAACUAGCCCGCGAGACAUUCGAAGGUUCCCAGCGAUACGGCGACUCAAGUCUCGGACCUAAUGCCGAGCAUCGCGCGAUUACCGUAAACCUAUUUCCCGCAACACCGGCAAGAUACGACGAGAAUUUCAUAAAAAUCGAGAACCUAGGCGCAUUUUUCAGAAAUGGACCGAGGAGCAGUGAUGGCAGCAUUUCAAGCGGUAGCACAACACCGGUAGGAGAAAAACCAUUGGCUUCGCUCAAGCUCGUUACUCUCGAUAGUCGGCUGGAGACCUGGUCCAAUUACUACCCCUCCUUGUGGGUCGCCAAGCAUGUCUUCCUCGACCUCAUCGAUGCGAUGGGAAUGAACCCGGCGGCAUUAUGGCUUCUGCGCAACGAGUACGACGGCUUUCAUUACUUUCCCUCGACAUCUUCGCCGGCUGAUACGGGAUAUCCGGUGUUUUACGAAGACGAGUAUAAGAGGGAGAAAAAGGAAGAUAUAGAAGAACAAGCAGAGAAAGACGAGGAGAAGGAGAAGGAGAAGGAGGAAGAGGAAGAGGAAGAGGAAGGAGAAGAGAAGAAGGGCCUUGAUACAUACUACAUUGGCACAUCUAGCUUUGUGCUAGUAUGGACUUUUGACCCCAAACGACUGCAAACAUACGCGCUGUGGAUCUUACGAUGGCGCGCUCCCGUCGAGGACAUGAUUCCCGCGCCAGACAUGCCAAUGGCCUGGUUUCUUCAUGUUCUCCGACGGCACUGCGGACAUGUGCGCUCGCCCUUUCUCCUCGGCUACGUCGCAGCUCUUAGCGCAUGCUGCAACUCAGACUUGGACAAUUCCUACCGAGCACACGCAGUACGGCUUAUGGAACGGGACACAGGGUACCACGACACGAUCUCGGGGGGUAUUGUGGAGCGCAUGGGUAUGGUACGGAUAUCAGGUUUUAUCAAGGAAACCGGCGAGGUGUUGAACCAUAUCACGAAUAACCAACGCCAUUUUCGCUUCCUGGAUUCGGUGCUGAAUUUCAUCGUCGAGAAUGCAGUGAUAGGGAUCGAAGAACAGUGGGGUGAGGAUAGCACGCAGAAAUUAGCAGCUGCGAUACCCUCGCUCAAGAGGCGCAUGCAUGCGUCGCAAGAGUAUUUGGGAUAUUUGAAGGAGCGUGCUGAGCGUUUGUCUGCUGUGCUCUUCACCCUCCUAACGCACGAAGAUUCUGCAACCCACGCCGAGCUAGCCGACGCAAGCCGACGUAUCGCAGAAGCAUCCAAGCGUGAUAGCUCCUCAAUGAAGACAGUAGCAGUCAUGACAAUGGCGUUCCUACCCGCAACUUUCAUCGCAGCGCUUUUCUCGGUGCCCUCGCUGGAUUGGCAGGCCACUAAUGGUCCCGUGAUUCAAAACAAUUUCUGGGUUUAUUGGGCCUUUACUUUACCUGCUACCGCUAUCGUUUUUGGGUUAUGGGUUUUGUUAGAUAAUCGGACGACAGGUGAUGGUGAUAACGAUGAUAGAGGACACCGUGGUAAAGCUCGUGUGACUGAGGAUGAGGAGAGGCCACGGACGGCGAGGAGUAAACUUGGAUGA